AUGUUGGACAGUAAUAAUCACUGUUUGGAAAAGUUAGUAUGUCAAUUCUCCGAUAAUACCAGUUCUAUGUCACAGCUGGAGAAGGACGUAUCGUCGUUGAUAAUAUACACCAUCCUGAACAACAGAUUUAUAAGCGACGACUUCAAAAACAGAAUGAAAAAAGCGGCAUUGACAGGAAGAGAUCAUCCAGGAAAAUGCAGGAGAUAUUAUUGCACCAGAACAACUAAAAAAAAAACAGGAUCCCAACAGGAAUUAUCCGGAUUGUCAUGUCAGCAUGGAAAGAAGAAACAUCGAGUUCUCACAACAUUAAUAAUGUCGAACUGUUAUUGGCUGGCAUUCUUUUGCUUAUUCAUCACGAUGGUGAUGUCACAAGUAACCGUAGUGACCAAAUUUUCCGAUAACUCGACAAAAAUUUUAAGAAGCAAACGUUCUCUGGGAUUAGAAGCCUUAAAUACGAGAGAAAGGCCAGCGGGUCGAUACUUCCCUAUUGCUUUGUAUUCCGUGACGCAUCGAAGACCGGGUAAUCGAUUGUCGUCUAGAAGAAAACGUCCGGAAGUGUGGGAGUACAGAGGUCAAUACUUUUACGGUUUUCGACGUAAUCAGAGAGAGAGAAGGACUCGUUUGUUGGUCGCUACUCUACCUAUAUUAUUGGCACCGCUUUUAAGUUUAAUCUUUACUCUACCCGUUAUUUUACCAAUGGCCGUGCAACCUCUGUUACCAUCCGUUAAUUCGGGGAGGAAGAAAAGAGCAACCCAACCACCGAUCGGUAAUAGGGAAGAAGAAAUUAAAUCCGUAGCCCAUUAUCUGCAUAAAGUUAGAUACGACGAGAAUCAGCAGGGCCGUCUGGUCGCCAAUUAUCUGCAGUGUAACGGCUUACUCGACCCCGAGGAUCACUGCAUGGAGCGACUGUCCUGCGAAUUUGCCGAUCCGAAAAAUGCCCACGCUCCCGAACUAGAAAAGACGGUCACCUCCAUAUUGCUGGGACACAUCUUGAAAAAUCCUUUCAUUCCCCAAACUUUCAAAAAACGUUUGAAGCUGUCGGCUAUUUACGGAACUCGUCGCCAAGGGCAGUGUAAUCGCUUCUUUUGUGCACAUAUGGACAACUGAAAAAUAAAAAAAAAAUUCCCUCUUUACUCAAAAGUUCUCUUUGUUUAUCUUUUAUAGAAACUACGCAA